GUCUUCCUUGUAAACUACAAGUAGCUUCCCAGUGAUUUCCCCAUUCCUUCCUGCGGGGAUAUGUAGCAAACCUUACUUGCUUUCUUAAAAGAAAAGCAUAGUACUAAAACCUCCGUUCAAAAAAAAUAUAGCCUAGAAAAAAAUCUCCCCACACCCAGGCGGCGAACCCAAACCCAACUCCCCAUGUCCUCGCUGCCGCUGCCGGAAUCACCUAUGGCCGCCGAGAACGAAGCCUGCGACUGGGGUGAGAUGCCGUCUGACGCGCUCGUGUCCGUGUUUGGGAAGUUGGACGUGAUCGAGAUCCUGACCGGGGCCGGGCUGGUCUGCCGCGCCUGGCACCGUCUCGCGGCCUCGGACCCCAUGCUGUGGCGCCGCGUCGACAUGAGGCACAUGAGCUAUGGCUACGAGGGGGAGCGGCUGCAGACCGAAAAGGUCGAGGACAUGGCGCGCGCCGCAAUCGACCCCUCCGCGGGCACCAUGGAGCCGUUCUUUGCCGAUACCAUUGUCAACGACGACCUCCUGCGCUGCCUUUCUCAGAGGUCGGGGAAGCGACUGCAGACCGAGAAGGUCGAGGCCAUGGCGCGCGCCGCAAUCGACCGCUCCGCGGGCACCAUGGAGGCGUUCUUUGCCGAUAUCUUCGUCAACGACGACCUCCUGCGCUACCUUUCUCAGAGGGCCCCCUCAUUGAAGUGCCUCCAUCUCUCCGCCUGCAAUUUCACCGAUCAAUGUUUUGCAGAGGCGAUUAAUUGCUUCCCUCAGCUGGAGGAGCUAGAUGUUACAUUAUGCUUAUUGUAUGGCAGCGCGUGUGAGGCUGUUGGGAGAGCCUGCCCACAGCUUAAACGCUUCAGGCUGAAUGAACUCUGGUCUAUUUCUCGAAAGGAGGAUAUUGGCAUGGAAGCAUUAGGGAUCGCUAGCACCAUGCCAAGACUCCAAGAACUUGAGUUGAUUGGUAACAAUCUGACAAAUGAUGGGCUCAUGUCAAUCCUUGACCGUUGCCCUCGCCUCGAAUCCCUUGACAUUCGCGAGUGCUUCAACAUACAAAUGGACGAUGCGCUUAAACUGAAGUGUUCCAGGAUACGAGAUCUAAGGCUUCCUCAUGACCCCAUCUUCUUCGACGACACCAGGUAUUGGCCUUAUUACAUCAACAGUGGCGUAUUUGACUCAGACAUUGAUUCCGAGGUCGGCACAUAUGAUGAUCCGCUGGAUGAUAUGGGUGAGUCGAUGUCAAUCAUGUUCAAUGAUGACUUUUAUGUCUGAAGCAAGACAACGUGUUGGAUGAUAUGUAGUGUUGUGGGAUGAUGGAAUGGUUCCCUUUUUGUGUCUGAGGUUUGGGAUGCUACAAGCACUUUCCAUAUGGGAGGCUGCUUUUUUAUGUAGUAGCAAGCUCAAGUUUGUCUUUGCUCCUUAGCAAAUCUCUGUACCGAGCUCAGAUAUGAAACAUCUGCAUUAGGACAUGCAUGAGGUUAAGUCUCACCUCAGCCUCCCAUAUGACCUGUGACAUCUUAUUAGGUGAUAGUCACAGAUUAAAUGAUGAGUCUG